AUGGCGUCAUUGCCGGCGUUCCGAGUUCUCGUCAUUACCAUAUCAAUAGCUGAAUCCACUUUGCCCCUCACCUUCUUCGACUUAGCAUGGAUCUGCCACCCCCUCGACAAGUACGAGAUCCACUACGCCGACGGCGGCGACUCUGUCCCAUUCACGGUGGCGGAGUACGAGGCGGACUUCGAGGAUAUCUCCGGCACCCAUGCACGUGACAUCAACGUGCUGCGACCCUUGGUUCCCCAGCUACCCAAGUCUGACGACGGCCGAGUGCCGCCGCUGGCCUUGCAGGUGACAGUAUUCCCAAACCAAGGCGCGGCCAUCGGCGUGGCUGUGCACCACGCCGCAUGCGACGGCUUAAGCUCCACGCGGUUCAUGUCUUCUUGGGCCUCGACACGCGCGCGGUCCAAAGGCUUGGCGGGGGCCUUAGCGUCGCCGCCCGUCUUCGACAGGAGUAUGAUUGCAAGAUCUCUUCGAGACCGUCACUCAUAUCAUGUGGAUAUAAACUAUGGAUUCAGGGAAAAGAUUGAAAGAUUCUUGACAAACAUGUGUGUUUGGCAGUAA